UUUUUUUUUUUUCCUCUUUCCUUUUUAUUUUAAUAACCAUGUCUACUGCAGUAAGACAUUCAUAUAGAAGAAUGGCAAGUGCUGAAUGAUAUAUUAGGAAGCUUUCUCAAAAUUAAUGGCAAAACCAGAAUGGUAUGGUGAUGCUCAAAAAUAUUGGGAUAAUGUCACUCCUACGAUUGACGGUAUGUUGGGUGGUUUAUCUGUCGUUGAUCCUGUUGAUGUCAAGGGUUCACUUGACUUUUGCCGAGAAUUUUUUUCUGCUAGUAACCAACUCUAUGCUUGUGAUUGUGGUGCUGGUAUUGGUCGAGUCACUAAAAAUUUUUUACUCCAAGUACCUUUUGACAAGGUGGAUUUAGUAGAACAAGCAGCACCUUUUGUUGAGAGGGCUAAAUUAGACUACUUAAAAGACGAAAUCAAGGCAAAUAAAAUAGGCGAGAUUUAUUGCCAGGGACUUCAGGAUUUUAUUCCAGAACAAGGCAAAUAUGAUUUAAUCUGGUGUCAAUGGGUGCUCGGUCAUUUAACAGAUGGUAACAUGAUGUUGGCAUGACGUGAUUGACAUUGAUUUAGACCAUUUUGUUGCUUUCUUUCAACGCUGUGCCGAGGGUCUUAAGCCUAAUGGAUUGAUUGGUGUCAAGGAAAACAAUGCGUCCAAAGAAGCUUUGUUUGAUGAAGAAGACAGUAGCAUCACUCGCCCUCAUCAAGAAUUAAAACGAUUGUUUGCUCAAGCAGGUCUACAAGUUAUCAAGGAAGAAGUUCAAAAGGG